UUCCGGCAGCAGGGGGCCGGAGCAGCUCUGCACCCAUGGCCCGGUCCUUGAAGCUGCUGUGUGCUUCCCUUCGGCAUCAAAGCUUCCACACUGCUGGGAGUCACUACAAGGGUCGGACAGGCGCUGAGCACCUGUGGCUGACGCGGCAUUUGAAAGACCCGUUUGUGAAGGCUUCGAAGGUGGAGAGUUACCGGUGUCGAAGUGCCUUCAAGCUUCUGGAGGUGAACGAGAGGCACCGGAUCCUGCGGCCCGGCCUCCGGGUGUUGGACUGUGGGGCAGCUCCUGGUGCGUGGAGCCAGGUGGCAGUGCAGCGAGUCAAUGCUGCAGGCACAGAUCCCAGCGCUCCUGUUGGCUUUGUACUUGGGGUAGAUCUUCUUCACAUCUUCCCCCUGGAAGGAGCAACUUUUCUGUGCCCUGCUGAUGUGACUGACCCAAGAACCUUCCAAAGAAUCCGAGAACUGCUUCCUGGUGGGAGAGCAGAUGUGAUUCUGAGUGACAUGGCACCCAAUGCCACAGGGAUCCGAGGCCUCGAUCACGACAGGCUCAUCAGUCUGUGCUUGUCCCUUCUGGACUUGGCUCCAGACAUCCUGCACCCCGGAGGAACAUUCCUUUGUAAAACCUGGGCUGGAAGUCAAAGCCAUCGGUUACAGAAGAGACUGACAGACGAGUUCCAGAACACAAGGACUGUGAAACCUGAAGCCAGCAGGAAAGAGUCAUCAGAGGUGUACCUCUUGGCCACACAAUACCGAAGAGUGAAGGGGUCUGUGAAGGACUGAGAGUUUCUUCUGCCUCUUCUGGUCCUUUUUCACUGCAAAUGUAGCCUGAGCUCUUUCCUGAAGUGUGGCUGGGGAGAUGGAGCUUGAUCUGAUCUGGGAGAUGCGGCAAGCAGGACAAGUGGGGGACCUUUUUUUUUUUUAAAAACCAAAAAGAUAGGACAAAACUAUAUUCAGUGUCCAGUGUCCAUGAUAUAUGGUAAACAGCAGUCUCUCUAACAUGAUUUGUGAAGAGGACAUUAUGAGAAGGAGACAGGCAAAGAUAAAAGGAUGAGAAGACAGUGAGAAGGAUAAACACGAAUACGCUGAGACAGACAGACAGACAUACACACACCUGUAUGUCACUUCUCAUCUUACAGACUGUUAGCAUGUACAGAGAAACAGGUUUCCACCAUGGCUCCAAGAACACAGCACACAGGUUUCCAGUUGUUAUUUUGGCUAUACAGUGCAAUGUAGAAAAAUCUGAAAUUUCAGACUGGAGAUUAAUUUCCAUUUCUUUGGUGAAUGAUCUAGAAACAUCCAUUCUUCAAGCAGUGAGAGUUCCCAGAGCAAUGAGGGAAGACAUUUGGUAUGAAUUAUGCAUAGGGUGGGUGCGCUUUGGUUUUUCCUGCGAAUGUGUGUUGCUGUAAUGCUCCAGGCUCCCAAGACCAUAAAGGUAAUUGCCAAAGCAA